UUUUUUUUCUUUUUCAAUCAUGUCAAAACAAGAAAUUGAACACUUGAAGAACCAACUUGACUUGUUAACAGAUGAUAAUAAAAACUUAGACCAUGAAAUAGACAUGGCAAAGAAACGUCUUGCUUCUGUCAUGAGUGAAUACCAAGAAAAACAAAAACAAGUCGAUAGUUUAUCCUCAUUCUUAAAAGAGGAAAAAGCCAAGACACAGGAAUUGGAAGAAAUCAAAGAACAAACAGAGACACUUUUAAGCGCAGUAGAAGAAUUAGAAGCCAAGGAGGUGUUGUCAAAAGAAGAUAUAGAGCAAACAUACAAAAAGAGACGUGAGCAACAAGACAAGGAAAUAGCUUCAAUUAAAGCAGAAUUAGAAGAGAAACUCAAGCAAAAACAAGAAUUAGAAGAUAAAAAACAAUCAUAAAAAUA